AAAAUAAUUAGUUUGACCCUGUUUUUUGCGGUUGACCGUGGCUUCUCUACAGCUGUGUUCGUGGUAGGGGCUUAUAUGCUGUCUAUGUACAUUAUCGUUGUGUACUUUAAAUGACAUUCCAUGUACGGGGAAUAGCAAUUUUCCAGGGGAGAUGACCUGAAUGUUAUUGUAUGGGAGGCAACAAGAACAAAUCAAAAUAGACGACAUAAAAAUGUGUAGUUGUUGCUCAGCUCAGUUUGGCUGCUGCUGUGGUCCGGCUUCGUGUGGCCUGUGUUGCUCGCCCUGUAAGCCAAUCAAUGAGUCAACUGGGACACGGUUAAUGUACAUGAUCUGUCUACUGAUCGGCUUCCUCACCGCUUGCCUCAUGCUGUCCCCACAGGUUGAAGAGGAAAUUAAAAUCAAGGUGCCUGGAUUCAACUCUACGUGUGUACAGCUGAGCCUGGGUGAGAACUGUGCUGUGUUGACAGGUUACAAGGCCGUGUACCGAAUAUGUGCGGGGCUCGUUGUGUUCAACCUCCUUCUCAUGAUGCUAACCCUCUGUGUCCCCAACAGCAACCAAUGGCGCGGCCAUUUACACAAUGGGUACUGGUUCUUCAAGAUCCUGCUCCUGAUUGGGCUGAUUGUCGGAGCGUUCUUCAUCCCCCGCUUUAGUCAGUUCUCAAUCUACUGGAUGUAUGUUGGCAUGGCAGGUGGGUUCAUGUUCAUCCUGGUACAGCUCAUACUCCUUGUUGACUUCACACAUGCAUGGAAUGCUAAAUGGAUUCAACUAGAUGAAGAAACUCAAAAGACAAGCACAUGUGGUUAUGUUGGAACUCUGUUGUGUGCAACAGUGUUUUAUGCAGUAACAAUCGCUGGAGCCAUCCUGCUCUAUUUCAACUAUACAAGGUUUGAGGGCUGCAAGACCAACAAGAUCUUCAUCCUCGUGAACGCCGGCCUGUGUGCCUUACUCUCAUUCUUCACCCUGCUUCCUGUUACACAGAAAUGUAACCAGAACGCAGGCCUUCUCCAGUCGUCUGUGAUCUCCCUGUAUGUGAUGUACCUGACCUGGUCUGCCCUCACCAGCGAACCGCCCGAGGAAAUAUCGUUCAUUGAGACCGUGGAGGCGCGUAUUGCCAGCAUAAUGAACAACCCCUUCAAUCUCGUCUCCACUGACUACGACCUGAAUGAGCUAGAAGAAUCCCAUAUUGGCUAUGCUAGGGGUCCAGGUGAAACCAUGAUCUUCUCCCGCCUGCAGAAUGCGUCAAACAUCUGUCGCCCAAGCGAGUUCAAUCCUGAACGGGAAAUGAUAGCAGCCUACGCCGGUCUCUUCAUUAUGUUUGUCAUGGCUGCGUUUGCAAUUUUGAGCACCUCUAAAGAUGGGGAAAAGAUUGGUAUUCGCCACAGUCCUGGCACUACUGAAGAAACGUAUGACUGCUGUUGCUGCUGUAAAGUACGACAACGUCACAACCCAUCUGAGUUUGGAGGUCAGCGUGUGAACUACAAUGAGGCUGAUGGGGUGAUCUACAGCUACUCCUUCUUCCACUUUACCUGUGUGAUCGCAACCCUCUAUGUCAUGAUGCAGCUCACCAACUGGUAUAGGCCUGCCGAGUCUGACCUAAACCGGUUUGGCCUGAACUGGGGUGCCGUGUGGGCCAAGAUGGGCUCAAGCUGGGCGUGUGUCAUCAUCUACAUGUGGACCCUGUACCUUCCAAACUGCUGGCUUGGGCGAGACCCGAGGUUUUCACGAGGACGGGGUGGGGCCAGGGAGGGGGAGGGGGAGGAAGAGCAUGCCAUGGUGGUCACUGGCCAGGAAGUUGUUGUUGCCAGGUCCUCAACAGUGUAGCGACAACCCAUACACCUUUGUAGGGUCAUCUCCUCAAUGCUUGUCCGGGACUGUAACCUCUGCAGGGUAUUAUAUGUUCUAUGGAUUCUAUUGAUAUGUCAUUUUAUUUGAAGAUUUAAAUUGAAAACCUUAUCUCAGUGAUCAAAAUAUACAAAUGUUAGGUAUUCAUGUAUAGUACAUGUUUGAUUUGCUAUAAACUUUUUAUCAUGUUAAUUAUGAUUGUAUUGACAUUCUUUUGUUUUCCGUGUUGUCAAAGCCUUGGUGUCAUUGUGCAAAACCGUCAACCUUGGCCUUAAAUUAACUCAAAAACCCUGUCAAUUGGUAAACAUGUUGUCAGAGACAGUUAGCACACGUUUAGCUUGGACUUAAAUAAUUGACGUGAUAUGCACCUUUUUGACUGUCUGCGCUGCUAUUGUUUUAUGGUUCUUCCACUAUCAAUCUUGCCUUUAUUACACAUAUUAACAAUGCACUCUGUUAUAUAUAAUUUACAUAUCAAAUAUUUUGUGCCAUUUUGCUUUUCUUUUUUAUCCUGUAUAAGUUUUACUGAAUGCCUUAUUUUGUUUGAAUUUAAAUCUGUUAUACAUUAUCAUGACAUUCAUACAUGUAGUUUACUCACCACAAAUUGACUGUCAACCAUUUUAUUAUUAUUAUUUUUUUUAUCAUUAUUGGCAUUACAAUUAUUAAUUACUUUACAAGUUAUUUACGACCAACAAUCUUUAAAAGGCCUUCAUUCUUAGUGCUGUAUAGGGGUUAAGGACAACUUUAAUGUACAUGUAUAUGCUUCUGUCUGCUGUGUUGUCUCUUAUCACAGCCUUUAAACAGCCCUUGCAUUUUGUUGUGUUGAAGCAUUAUUGAGGUUGAUGAAUAUAGUAAUUAGAUUGUGUUAACAGUUCAUUAUCAAGUUUAGGGUGAUGGUAUAUUUUUUUUACCAUAUUAAAUAGCGUGAGCAUAGAUAUCGUUGUUUAAGGAUAGAAUUAGUAUUGUGCCUUAUCAGUGUUUGAAAACCUUUUGAUCAAUGCAUCGUUAAUGAAGAGAGAGGGAUUUCAUAAUUAUAUGUGCAUUGACCAAAUGUUUUCAUACAAAGAUAAACCACAAUUUUAUAUGUAUUCAUCUAAGAAGCAAAGUAGGAGUCUAAAUAUUAAGAGAUAAGAGAUAAACAUGGUAUGGUUAAUUCCCUUUUUGGAAACUCUCAGAUCUGAUUUUGUUUGCUUUGAAGAUUUUUGUAAUACAAAUUGAUGUAUUGACAGUGAUUUAUCUCAGUGAAAAUCAUAUGUGCUCUCAUAUGACCACUUCAUUUCAACCUUGCUUUUAUUACUAUACAUCAAAAUUGCGUUAAUCAAGGGUUACUCUUGGAACAUGUGUGCAAGGCUCUUGUUUAUAUCAAACAGUCUGGUGUUAAUUUUUAUUUUGUGCAAUAUUUGUUUCAUAGCUUUUUAACAUAGUAAACUUAUAAACCAUGUUUUGUAUUAUCCUGUACAUAAUUAUAUAUAAAUUGAACUAUAUUUUUGGCAAUUAGUACGGAAACCUCAUUGACUGGUAGCGGAAACCUCAUUGACUGGUAGCGGGUGAAUAUGCAUACCAUAUAUGAUAAUAAUACUAAAUAUACAUGUAUAUCCCAAAAUUCUCCAUACAUAAAAAUGAUGGCUUGGAAAAAUAAUCUCAUUACUAUUGGCCAUUGAAUCAAUAUAUAUGUACUAGUACUAGUAUUGCAUUUAAACACUAACUUUUCCCUCUUUUUAUUAAUCUAAUCCAUUCUAGAUCUUUGAAGUGUUUAAAGAUAUUUGUUCUUUCUUUGCUGUGUUUAUUAACAAAAUAAGCUGCAUCUUGUCAUUAACAUACGUUGCUUACAUUAAUUGUAUUAGUUGUAUAACCAUGGCCAUGUUUUAGCCCGUGUUAUCAGCUUUAUGUAGUGGUAUUCUACUUUUAUACUGGUUGUGUAUAUCUUCAUUUGCAUUAACAUGUGUCUUAGACUGAAAGUAUUAUUUCUUAAACUUGUAAAAGUUAAACAUUUUGUGGAAGGUUGAUAAUUUGGUAUGCAUUUGAGCUGUUUAAAUCUAGAUAUAUUGUCUACCCUCAGAUUAUCUUUCGAGAAGGUUUAUGUGUGAUUGACCGAUCACAUGACCUGUGACCAUGAUCAGUUAGUUAGGUCACAACUGAUAUUCGUAAAAUGCACCAUGUUAUUUUGAAUUGUUAUGUGAACAUGUAGAAAAUAUCAUAAUUAUUCAAGGUCCAAAAUGUAUAUUUUAAAUGAUAUUGGUAAAUUUUGUAACUUGAAUUAUUGAUUCUUUUUUUGUAAAAGUUUGCAGUGUCAAAUGUUCAAAAUUGUUGUUAAACCCAACUUUGUGUUAGUGAUGUGAAAUUUAAUCAAAUAUUAUAUUUUAUAUAAAAGUUAAUGUUGUAACUAGUUAAAAUGUUGUAAUUAUCAUACACACAGUGUGUAAAUAUUGAAGAUUACGAGUACACUUAGUGUGUAAAUGUUGGAAGGUUAUGAGUACACAUAGUGUUUUGAUGUUGUUGAUUACGUUGUUUGUUGAUGUUGAAGCUUUUAAGUACACAUAGACUAGUCUGUUAAUGUUGAAGAUUAGAAGUACAGGUAGUGUGUUAAUGCUGAAGGUUAGAAGUACACAUAGACUAGUCUGUUAAUGUUGAAGAUUAGAAGUACAGGUAGUGUGUUAAUGUUGAAGCUUUUAAGUACACAUAGACUAGUCUGUUAAUGUUGAAGAUUAGAAGUACAGGUAGUGUGUUAAUGCUGAAGGUUAGAAGUACACAUAGACUAGUCUGUUAAUGUUGAAGGUUAGAAGUACAGGUAGUGUGUUAAUGCUGAAGCUUAUGAGUACACAUAGACUAGUUUGUUAAUGUUGAAGAUUAGAAGUACAGGUAGUGUGUUAAUGCUGAAGCUUAUGAGUACACAUAGACUAGUAUGUUAAUGUUGAAGAUUAGAAGUACAGGUAGUGUGUUAAUGCUGAAGCUUAUGAGUACACAUAGACUAGUUUGUUAAUGUUGAAGGUUAGAAGUACAGGUAGUGUGUUAAUGCUGAAGGUUAGAAGUACACAUAGACUAGUGUGUUAAUGCUGAAGCUUAUGAGUACACAUAGACUAGUUUGUUAAUGUUGAAGGUUAGAAGUACAGGUAGUGUGUUAAUGCUGAAGCUUAUGAGUACACAUAGACUAGUCUGUUAAUGUUGAAGGUUAGAAGUACAGGUAGUGUGUUAAUGCUGAAGCUUAUGAGUACACAUAGACUAGUUUGUUAAUGUUGAAGAUUAGAAGUACAGGUAGUGUGUUAAUGCUGAAGCUUAUGAGUACACAUAGACUAGUUUGUUAAUGUUGAAGGUUAGAAGUACAGGUAGUGUGUUAAUGCUGAAGGUUAGAAGUACACAUAGACUAGUUUGUUAAUGUUGAAGAUUAGAAGUACAGGUAGUGUGUUAAUGCUGAAGCUUAUGAGUACACAUAGACUAGUUUGUUAAUGUUGAAGAUUAGAAGUACAGGUAGUGUGUUAAUGCUGUAGGUUAGAAGUACACAUAGACUAGUUUGUUAAUGUUGAAGGUUAGAAGUACAGGUAGUGUGUUAAUGCUGAAGCUUAUGAGUACACAUAGACUAGUUUGUUAAUGUUGAAGGUUAGAAGUACAGGUAGUGUGUUAAUGCUGAAGCUUAUGAGUACACAUAGACUAGUUUGUUAAUGUUGAAGAUUAGAAGUACAGGUAGUGUGUUAAUGCUGAAGCUUAUGAGUACACAUAGACUAGUUUGUUAAUGUUGAAGAUUAGAAGUACAGGUAGUGUGUUAAUGCUGAAGGUUAGAAGUACACAUAGACUAGUUUGUUAAUGUUGAAGAUUAGAAGUACAGGUAGUGUGUUAAUGCUGAAGGUUAGAAGUACACAUAGACUAGUCUGUUAAUGUUGAAGAUUAGAAGUACAGGUAGUGUGUUAAUGCUGAAGGUUAGAAGUACACAUAGACUAGUUUGUUAAUGUUGAAGAUUAGAAGUACAGGUAGUGUGUUAAUGCUGAAGGUUAGAAGUACACAUGGUUUAUUGAUGUUGAAGAUUACAUGUAAACAUAGUGUGUUAAUGUUGAAGAUUAUGUGUACAUAUAGUGUUUUGAUGUUGAAGAUUAUGUGUAAACAUAGUGUGUUAAUGUUGAAGAUUAUGUGUACAUAUAGUGUGUUGAUGUUGAAGAUUAUAUGUACAUAUAGUGUGUUGAUGUUGAAGAUUAUGUGUACAUAUAGUGUGUUGAUGUUGAAGAUUAUGUGUACAUAUAGUGUGUUGAUGUUGAAGAUUAUGUGUACAUAUAGUGUGUUGAUGUUGAAGAUUAUGUGUACAUAGUGUGUUAAUGUUGAAGAUUAUGUGUACAUAUAGUGUGUUGAUGUUGAAGAUUAUAUGUACAUAUAGUGUGUUGAUGUUGAAGAUUAUGUGUACAUAUAGUGUGUUGAUGUUGAAGAUUAUGUGUACAUAUAGUGUGUUGAUGUUGACGAUUAUGUUUACAGGUAGAGUGUUGAUGUUGAAGAUUAUGUGUACAGGUAGUAUGUUAAUGGUGAAGAUUAUGUGUACAGGUAGUAUGUUGAUGUUGAAGAUUAUGUGUACAGGUAGUAUGUUGAUGUUGAAGAUUAUGUGUACAGGUAGUAUGUUGAUGUUGAAGAUUAUGUGUACAGGUAGUAUGUUGAUGUUGAAGAUUAUGUGUACAGGUAGUCUGUUGAUGUUGAAGAUUAUGUUUACAGGUAGUAUGUUGAUGUUGAAGAUUAUGUGUACAGGUAGUAUGUUGAUGGUGAAGAUUAUGUUUACAGGUAGUAUGUUGAUGUUGAAGAUUAUGUGUACAGGUAGUAUGUUGAUGGUGAAGAUUAUGUGUACAGGUAGUAUGUUGAUGGUGAAGAUUAUGUUUACAGGUAGUAUGUUGAUGGUGAAGAUUAUGUGUACAGGUAGUAUGUUGAUGGUGAAGAUUAUGUGUACAGGUAGUAUGUUGAUGGUGAAGAUUAUGUUUACAGGUAGUAUGUUGAUGUUGAAGAUUAUGUGUACAGGUAGUCUGUUGAUGUUGAAGAUUAUGUUUACAGGUAGUAUGUUGAUGUUGAAGAUUAUGUGUACAGGUAGUAUGUUGAUGUUGAAGAUUAUGUGUACAGGUAGUCUGUUGAUGUUGAAGAUUAUGUGUACAGGUAGUAUGUUGAUGUUGAAGAUUAUGUGUACAGGUAGUAUGUUGAUGGUGAAGAUUAUGUUUACAGGUAGUAUGUUGAUGGUGAAGAUUAUGUGUACAGGUAGUAUGUUGAUGGUGAAGAUUACGUUAACAGGUAGUCUGUUGAUGUUGAAGAUUAUGUAUACACAUAGUGUGUUGAUGUUGAAGAUUAAGUUAACAGGUAGUCUGUUGAUGUUGAAGAUUACGUUAACAGGUAGUCUGUUGAUGUUGAAAAUUAUGUGUACACAUAGUGUGUUGAUGUUGUAGAUUACGUUAACAGGUAGUGUGUUGAUGUUGAAGGUUAUGUUAACAGGUAGUGUGUUGAUGUUGAAGAUUACGUUAACAGGUAGUGUGUUGAUGUUGAAGAUUAUGUGUACACAUAGUGUGUUGAUGUUGAAGAUUACGUUAACAGGUAGUGUGUUGAUGUUGAAGAUUAUGUGUACACAUAGUGUGUUGAUGUUGAAGAUUACGUUAACAGGUAGUGUGUUGAUGUUGAAGAUUAUGUGUACACAUAGUGUGUUGAUGUUGAAGAUUAUGUGUACACAUAGUGUGUUGAUGUUGAAGAUUAUGUGUACAUAUAGUGUGUUGAUGUUGAAGAUUACGUGUACAGGUAGUGGGUUGAAGGUUGAAGACAUAUGUGUGAAAUGUUCAAAUAGUGUUCAAAUAUGUAUUGAGUCAACUAUGAAACGCAAUUGUUCUUUUGAUAUAGAUACAAACUAUUAAGUCAGGCUAGCUGAAAAUUGCUUACGGCACAUAACGAAUAUGAUAAUACUCAAACAUUUACAAUUGCAUCUAAAAGGGACUAGCUCAUGUUUUUGUAAAAUGCAUUUUUUAUAUGAAAAAAAUAAAGUAUGGCAAAUCAUUAGGAGUGUUUAAACUAAAAUAGUAACAUUUAAACCCUUUCAGCAAAUGUUGAUAUUUGCUCAAAUACCGUCUUUGAAGAUCACAAUUUUAAUAUGUGGUAAUAGCAGCUUUGGGCAAUUCAUUGUUGCGUGAUUGCAUGAUUAGUUGAUUGACAUUUACAUGUGAUGUUAUGAAUGUAUUGUUAAAGAGUCAAAAUAUUCAUCACUUUUGGUUGAGUCUUGGUGGCAUAGUGGUUAAGGCCUCUGUGUUCUUAUUUUUACUUGACUUUACUGGUGAUGGUUCCAAAUAAAACCAAAAUACUUAUUUGCACUAUAAUUGUAUUUUUUCUGCAAUUUCGAUAUCAUAGAAUAAAAUAAUGAUGAAAGAAAUGUUUUCAUAUGCAUUACCAUAAGUAUUUUUUGGUUGAAAAACAUGAGCGAGUCCCUUUAAUUUAAUCCGAUUUUGAAGAGACAUUAUUUUAUACAUGAAUCUUAUGAAUACAAAAGAUAGGCCUUGAUAUUUAUUUAAACGAUGUGUAUUUAAGUAGUGUUCCUUCUGAUUGGUCUAUGUCAGUCCUGUUAGCAACAGACUGUCUGACAACUGCAGUCAUCCAAAUUAAGACUUUUGGAUGAACAAGCCCGACUUCUAAUACUAUUGCUUGGCAUCAAUUUUUUGAACAUGCCCUGCUAAAUAAAAUUAAGAAUUUGAGCAAGCCUGGAAGACAUUUUAUCAGUGCAGGGCUUGCCGGCUUGUGUUAAUUUCGACCAGUGCAACUGUGAAGUAUAGGUUUAGCCUGACAUCUCUGAAUAACAAGUUUAGUUUGACAACUUUUAUUGUACCAGUAGUUUGCCAGUUCUUGCACAUAGAUCUACUGUUAGGUACAUGGAUAACUGUGAUUGGUACCAAUAGACAAAUGGCAGGUGUAUGAGUAAGAAUAUUUUGAUGAUGGUCAUACCACUAUGUUGAUGCAAGCAUAUUUGCCAGUUUCUGUACAUAACUUUGUUACUCAUUGGAUUUUAUUUAAUUUUACUAUGGGUAUCUUUGUUAACUUUUGUGAACUAUUUUUGAUAUUUUAUUGAUUUAUAUAUAAGCAUUUCUUCCAGAUAUACACAUAUUACUAAUUACCUAUUAGUCAUUUAUAUGAGUAUGUUAAUUGGCAUUAUGCAUGCAUUUUUAAAGAAUAAAAGCAUAAAUCAA